UACGAAAGGUAAAAAGUAAGGGCGUAAACAAGUCUAUGUUGUUGGUGAAGAAAAAUCUCUGUGCCUUCAGUAGAGCAUCCGGCAUUAUGUGAGACACCUAAAACCAACUUGCUAGGGCGUCUGCGUGCGCGUACGGCAAGCGGGAGGGACAAACUAGCCUUGACGUUUGGAGUCUGAUUUCCAGGUUAGUGUUUUGUUCCGGGUUUGUCGGCAGUGUGCCUGUUGGCGGAGGCGAAAUCAAUCGGCUGGACCAUGUCGGCCUUCGAGAAGCCUCAGAUCAUCACCCAUAUCCAGAAAAGCCUCAAUUACACGGUGUUUGACUGUAAGUGGGUGCCCUGCAGCGCCAAAUUUGUGACCAUGGGCAACUUCGCACGCGGCACUGGCGUCAUUCAGCUGUACGAGAUCCAGCAGGGGGACCUAAAGCUGCUUCGGGAGAUUGAAAAGGCCAAACCCAUUAAAUGUGGAACAUUUGGUGCCACAUCUUUACAGCAGAGAUACUUAGCUACUGGAGAUUUUGCUGGAAACCUUCAUAUAUGGAAUUUGGAAGCUCCAGAGAUCCCAGUAUAUUCUGUACAGGGCCAUAAAGAAAUUAUAAAUACUAUAGACGGUGUAGGUGGACUCGGAAUUGGGGAAGGGGCACCUGAAAUUGUGACUGGCAGCCGAGACGGAACCGUGAAGGUGUGGGACCCAAGGCAAAAAGAUGAUCCUGUUGCUAAUAUGGAACCUGUACAAGGAGAAAACAAGAGAGACUGUUGGACGGUGGCAUUUGGCAGUGCUUACAAUCAAGAGGAGCGUGUAGUGUGUGCUGGUUAUGACAACGGAGAUAUCAAGCUGUUUGAUCUCAGAAAUAUGUCUUUACGGUGGGAGGCAAAUAUAAAAAAUGGGGUAUGUAGCUUGGAGUUUGACAGAAAAGACAUAAGUAUGAAUAAGUUAGUAGCUACGUCUCUGGAAGGAAAGUUUCAUGUUUUUGACAUGAGAACACAGCAUCCAACCAAAGGUUUUGCUUCUGUUUCAGAAAAGGCUCAUAAAUCUACUGUGUGGCAGGUCCGACACCUACCACAGAACAGAGAGCUCUUCCUGACAGCGGGAGGCGCCGGCAGCCUGCACCUCUGGAAGUACGAAUACCCAAUUCAGCGGUCAAAGAAAGAUUCCGAGGGUGUAGAGAUGGGAGUUGCGGGUUCGGUCAGCCUUCUGCAGAAUGUUACAUUGUCUACCCAGCCCAUUUCCAGUUUGGACUGGAGUCCAGAUAAGAGGGGUCUGUGCAUCUGUAGUUCAUUUGAUCAAAUGGUAAGAGUACUGAUUGUUACAAAACUCAACAAAAUUUGAUCUGAAGACUUCAGACUUGAAACCUUCCAAAGUAACACUUAGAGAAUUUAGACUACGUUCUGGGAUCCUCUGAUUCUCAUUGAACAAAGUGGGAUUUGACUGAUGAAAAAAGGACCCAGAUGCAAACCUCUGGGCCAGCAUCCCUCCGGGUGAAAGGCCACACGGUGUGUCCAGCGACGUGACUGGAUGGUGGUUUGCUGUUGCACAUGGGGGCACCAGUCUCCAGCGCCAUCUCUGUUCCUCUCCCCUCCAUUUCUAGUAAAAUGUUGAAAGUUUUCUAUAUUUAAUUAUUUUAAAUUUGUUUUUCAUCCCCCAAAUUCCAUAUUCUAUAAUAAUACUUGUGUUGCAUUUUAAUUUUUAGUUUUGUAGCAGUGACUUAAUUUGGUUUAAAAUAGUUUGCCUUGUUAACACUACUGUGAAUUAACCUUCAUAAAUAAAUACACUUUGAGACAUUUCAGUGUCAGUAAAUCUUUGUAAAGAACAUUACUUUAUAAAAUACCAAAAUGGCAUGAUCAGCCAAGAUUUAGGUUUUCAAUCGUUUAACUCAUAAAAUGAAAUACUAUGAUUGACAAAGACCUCUUUUUUAACUUAAAAAACAGGAGUUGAAUUCCUGAGACUUUCUGGUUGUUGACUGUGGUUAUGUUGUUUGAGAUGUAUAAGAUUGUGGGGCUUUUGGUAGCCUUGUAUUUUUGUCAAACUUUUUAAUAUAUUUUGUGAAUAAAUUUUGUUUUUGAAA